AUGCUGAUUUGGCAGAUCUCUGGCUCGAAACACUAUUUAAGCAGAUUUGGGGAAGCCUACCCCCGAGUGGCAACCAUGGGGGACGACAGUGAAUGGAUGAAGCUUCCCAUUGACCAGAAAUGUGAACAUAAGGUGUGGAAGGCACGUCUAAAUGGCUAUGAAGAAGCUCUGAAGCUCUUUAACAGAAUACACGACGAGAAAAGCCCAGAAUGGGGAAAGUACUUAGGACUCAUUAAGAAGUUUGUCACUGAGUCAAAUGCUGUGGCUCAGCUCAAAGGUUUGGAAGCUGCCCUGGUCUUCGUCGACAAAGCCCAUGUGGCUGGAAAAACUGCUGGCGAGGUGGUGUCUGGUGUGGUCACCAAAGUGUUUAAUCAACCAAAAGCUAAGGCCAAGGAGCUUGGCACAGACAUAUGUUUAAUGUACAUCGAAAUCGAAAAGGCAGAAAUUGUUCAAGAUGAGUUGAUCAAAGGCCUUGAUAACAAGAACCCCAAAAUUGUUGUGGCCUGCCUUGAAGCACUCAGAAAGGGGUUAAGUGAGUUUGGCUCAAAAAUUGUCACAUUGAAGCCUGUGGUGAAGAUUUUAUCCAAACAGUUUGAAUCCAGAGAAAAGGCCGUAAGAGAUGAAGCCAAACAGUUAGCUAUUGAAAUCUACAAAUGGAUCAGAGAUGCCCUUCGACCUCCUCUGCAGAAUAUCAACUCUGUGCAGAUGAAAGAGCUGGAGGAAGAAUGGGUUAAGCUCCCCACUGCGCCGCCCAAGCAAAGCCGGUUCCUUCGAUCUCAGCAGGAUAUGAAGGCAAAGUUUGAGCAGCAGCAAGCCCAAGGAGAUCAGUCCGAUGGAGAGGAAGUGGAAGAAACUGCAGUAGCAAUCGACCCGUAUGAACUGCUUGAGGCAGUUGAUAUUCUAUCAAAGAUGCCCAAAGACUUCUAUGAAAAAAUAGAGGCUAAGAAAUGGCAGGAGAGAAAAGAAGCUCUUGAAGCUGUGGAGGUUUUGACAAAGAAUCCCAAAUUAGAAAAUGGUGACUAUGGUGACCUCGUUAGGGCAUUAAAAAAGGUGGUGGGUAAGGAUGCAAAUGUAAUGUUGGUAUCCAUUGCGGCUAAAUGUCUUGCUGGCCUGGCCGCAGGCUUAAGAAAGAAAUUUGGGCAAUAUGCUGGACAAGUUGUCCCAACUAUUCUUGAGAAAUUCAAGGAAAAGAAGCCACAGGUGGUACAAUCACUGCAGGAGGCAAUCGAUGCCAUUUUUCUCACUACUACUCUUCAAAACCUUUCUGAAGACAUCUUGGCUGUAAUGGACAACAAAAAUCCCUCUAUAAAACAGCAAGCCUCACUAUUUCUUGCACGCUCUAUACGGCACUGUACCCAGGCCACAUUACCCAAAAGUGUCCUCAAACCAGUUUGCGCUGCUCUUCUCAAGCAAGUUAAUGAUUCAGCUCCAGAGGUGAGAGAUGCUGCUUUUGAAGCUUUGGGUACAGCUAUGAAAGUAAUUGGAGAAAGGGUUGUUAACCCUUUCCUUGCUGAUUUGGACAAACUGAAGCUUGACAAAAUCAAGGAAUGUGCUGACAAAGUGGAGCUUCUUGGAGGAAAGAAGGGUCCUGGUGGAGGAGCAGGGGCUGAGAAGAAGGCAGUCUCCAAAGCGCCUGCUCCUUCUGAAGCUCCCAAAUCUGCUGCACCACCCAAAAAGUCCACUGUAUCUGCCUCAAAGCCUUCUUCAGGUCCACCUAAGAAAGGAAAAACCACUGGUGCUGCGGGGAAGGCCAAGAAGUCCUCUGACACCAAAGAGUUUACAGAAACUGAACUUGCGACUGAGGUCUGUGAAGACCUUGCAAGAGGAGUGCUUCCAGCCACUUGUCUACAGCAACUGGAUUCUGCAAACUGGAAGGAGCGACUUGCAAGUAUGGAAGACUUCCAGCGGGCGGUUGAGACUAUGGACAAAGCAGAUAUGCCAUGCCAGGCCUUGGUCAGGAUGUUGGCAAAAAAACCAGGCUGGAAAGAAACAAACUUCCAGGUCAUGCAAAUUAAGCUUCACAUAGUGGCUAUCAUAGCUCAGAGAGGGCAGUUUUCAAAAACGUCGGCCUCUGUGGUUUUAGACGGAUUAGUAGACAAAGUUGGAGACAUCAAAUGUGGUGGAAAUGCUAAAGAAGCUCUCACUGCUAUUGGAGAGACUUGCUCUCUUCCUUGGACAGCUGAACAGGUUGUAUCAACUGCAUUUUCCCAGAAGAACCCAAAGAAUCAGGCUGAAUCACUCAACUGGUUGGCUAAUGCUAUAAAAGAGUUUGGCUUUACUGGAAUCAAUGUGAAGGCUUUCAUUAACAAUGUGAAGACUGCAUUGGGAGCAACUAACCCUGCUGUGAGAACGGCAGCCAUCACACUGCUGGGAGUCAUGCAUCUCUACAUGGGUGCUCCUCUCAGGAUGUUCUUUGAAGAUGAGAAGCCUGCUCUCCUGUCACAGAUAGAUGCUGAAUUUGAAAAGAUGCGGGGCCAGACUCCACCUGCUCCAACCAGAUGUACAAAAAAGACAGGAGGAGCUGCUGAAGAGGAAGGGGAGGAGGGCGAGGAGGCUGAAGAAGAUGCCAAACCAGAUAUCAUGGAUCUACUGCCCAGAACAGACAUUAGUGAUAAGAUUACCUCUGACUUGGUGUCUAAACUUGGAGACAAGAACUGGAAGAUUAGAAAGGAGGGUCUGGAUGAGACUUCAGCCAUAAUCACUGAGGCCAAGUUUAUUACUGCCAACAUUGGUGACCUGCCACUAGCCUUGAAAGGACGACUUAACGAUUCAAAUAAAAUCCUGGUCCUGCAGACCCUGUCUAUCCUACAGCAGGUUGCAACCGCAAUGGGACCAGCACUUAAGCAACACGUUAAAUCACUGGGCAUUCCCAUCAUCACAGUAUUAGGAGAUAGUAAGGCUAAUGUCAGGGCUGCUGCCAUGACUACGCUGCAAGCUUGGGUGGAGCAGACGGGGAUGAAGGAGUGGUUAGAGGGAGAAGAUCUGUCUGAGGAGCUCAAGAAGGAGAACCCUUUCCUCCGACAAGAACUCUUGGGCUGGUUAGCAGAGAAGCUCCCAAACAUGCGAGUCGUGCCAGGAGAUCUGAUGGUGUGUGUGACCCAGUUGUACGCUUGUCUGGAGGACAGAAAUGGGGACGUCAGGAAAAAAGCCCAGGAUGCGCUGCCUAUGUUUAUGAUGCAUUUGGGUUAUGACAAGAUGAAUAAAGCUACUGGCAAACUCAAACCUGCUUCAAAAGAUCAGGUGGUAGCAAUGUUGGAGAAGGCCCGAGCAGUUAUGCCGGCCAUACCUGCGCCACCUCCAAAAGCUGCGGGAAAAGAAACGAGCAGAGCCCCCUCUGCUUCCAGAUCCCAACCUGCCAGUGAUGACGUUGAUUCUAAACCAGAAACCAAAAAGGUUAAAGGGGGUGCUCCUGCUGCUAGAAAGCCCCCUUCCCCUCCUGAAGAAGCUCCAACCCCCCCUCCUCCCUCCAAGGACAUUAUUGCUAGUAAAAAGCCUCCUGCUAAAGGGAAGGCUGCUGCUGGCGUUCAGCAGGGGACAGCUGCCAAGAAGCCUGUCGCCAAAGCUGUGAAGGAUGAGGAGGACAAGUCUGGUCCAAUAUUCACUCUUAUUCCCAACGCAAAGGAGCAAAGAAUGAAAGAAGAGAAACAGCUUAAGAUAUUGAAGUGGAAUUUCAUUACUCCUCGGGAUGAAUACGUUGAGCAGCUGAAAACGCAGAUGUCCACCUGCUUUGCGAAAUGGCUUUUUGAUGAGCUGUUCCACUUUGACUUCCAGAGGCAUGUUAAGGCUAUUGGUGUCAUGAUUGAGAGGUUGGAAAGUGAAAGUGAGGCUACGAUCGGCUGUUUGGACCUGAUCUUGAAGUCGUUCACGCUGCGUUUCUUUGACACCAACACAACAGUGCUGAUGAAGGUGUUGGAGUAUCUGAAGCUCUUGUUCUCCAUGCUCAACAGCGAAGGCUAUAAUCUCACUGAAUACGAAGCUAACUCAUUUGUGCCCUACCUCAUUCUGAAAGUUGGAGAGUCUAAAGAUGUGGUGCGCAAAGAUGUCCGUGCUAUUCUUGGCAUGUUGUGUAAAGUCUAUCCAGCGUCCAAGGUGUUUCCAUUCCUCAUGGAUGGCACAAAGUCAAAAAACUCAAAACAGAGAGCAGAAUGUCUGGAGGAGCUGGGGUGUUUGAUUGAGGGCUUUGGGAUGACUGUGUGCCAGCCCACUCCUGCUAAGUGUCUAAAGGAGAUUGCUGUUCACAUCGGUGACCGGGAUACGUCUGUUCGCAAUGCGGCUCUGAACACUGUUGUGGCUGUGUAUAACGUCUGUGGUGACCAGGUCUAUAAACUCAUAGGAAAUUUGUCGGAGAAAGACAUGAGCAUGCUGGAAGAAAGGAUCAAACGCUCUGCAAAGAAAACUGCUGCUGCUCCUCCCAAACAGAGUGCCCCAGAAAGAGUGCAGAAGGAGCACCCAGCCAACCCUAACAGCACCUUCCUCCGCAAACCUCAGGAAGACCCCAAUAAACUUAACCAAUCUCGUCAGAAUGCGCACCACAACGACCACCCCUCCAUCCCCAAAGAGUUCCAGCUGGACCUGGACAUGAUUGAGAUGGAUACGAAAAAUGUGUCUGAGCUGCCAGACCUGGUCCAGUUUAAGCUGGACGAGCUGCUGGAGCCAGUUAUGCUCCCAGAACCCAAGAUGCGCCCGGUAUUGCCGCAGUUUGAUGAUCUCCACAACAGCACGGCCUCCACCAUUAACUUUGUCAUUUCUCAAGUGGCCAGUGGUGACAUCAGCACCAGCAUUCAAGCCCUGGCACAGAUUGACGAGGUGGUGCGUCAGGAGGACAAAGCAGAGGUGAUGUCGGGACACAUCGACCAGUUCCUCAUCGCCACCAUCAUGCAGCUCAGACUCAUCUACAACACGCACAUGGCCGAUGACCGCCUGGACAAGUUGGAAAUCUUUAAACUGUACAGCUGCAUUAUAGGAAACAUGGUCUCUCUGUUCUCCAUGGAGUCCUUGGCCAGAGAAGCUUCUAUGGGAGUGCUCAAGGACCUCAUGCACGGGCUCAUAACUCUGAUGCUGGAUGGCAGAGUGGAGGACAUAGAGGAGGGGCAGCAGCUGAUUCGCUCUGUCAAUCUGUUGGUGGUGAAGAUGCUCGAGAAGUCAGACCAGACUAACAUUCUGAGUGCUCUGCUGGUGCUGCUGCAGGACAGUUUGGUCACAUCAGCUGGAUCACCAAUGUUCUCGGAGCUGGUAAUGAAGUGCCUGUGGAGGAUGAUCCGCUUUCUCCCAGAGACCAUCAACAGUAUUAACCUCGAUCGAAUCUUACUAGACGCCCAUAACUUCAUGAAGGUUUUUCCCAAAGAGAAACUGAAGCAGCUCAAGAGUGACGUGCCUCACAGAACUCUCAAGACUUUGUUACACACGCUCUGCAAACUCAUGGGAGCCAAGAUCCUGGACCACCUUUCAAUGAUUGAAAAUCGUAAUGAGUCCGAGUUGGAGGCUCAUCUGAGGAGAGCAGUCAAAAACUCUGGAAACCAGUCAGUCUCCAAGAGCGACAGAGGAAAUGAGAAGUCUGGACUACGAUCGGAUGAUCGUAUGUCGAAGGCAAAGGUCAGCGACAUCCUGUCAGAGAUUUUCAAGAAGAUUGGCUCAAAGGAGAACACUAAAGAGGGCCUGACGGAGUUGUAUGAGUACAAGUUGAAGUACUCUGACGCUGAUGUGGAGCCCUUCCUAAAGAACACGUCCCAGUUCUUUCAGAGCUACGUGGAGCGAGGCCUUCGCAUGAUUGAGUCGGAGAGAGAGGCCAAAACUCGUGUCCAGUCGUCUUCAGCACUACCUCAGCACAUUGUAGAUUCCACUCUGGGCAGUCACAACGAGGAGCUGAAACCUGCCGUGUACUACGAGAGACUCAAGAUCUUGCGGCAGAGAAAAGGACUGGAGAACACGAGAAGCAUCAGUGCAGAGGACGAGCCUCCGCAUCGCCCCCCACAAUCCAAACCUCCAGUGGCCUCGUCUACAGACAUGCUCCAGAGCAAACUGUCUCAGCUCAAAGAGUCCAGAGAGCUGUACCAGCAGGAGCACAACUCUCACUCGCCCUCACACACACGCGCUGCUUCACCCUCCACCAACCUGGACGACCUGAAGAAACGUCUGGAGAGGAUCAAGAACAACAGCAGGCAGUAG